ACUACAUGCCAACCGAUUGAUGCCACGAUCUUUCUACCUUAAGGAUAGGUCUAUGGGACUCUGGAGAGAAAGAGCAAAGUACGCCGUAAUCAAGAGCCCACCAUUUCAUAGUGACUCCGACGCGGAAAACUUUAUCUACAGCCAUCUACUACUGUACGUUCCAUUCAUUGAGGAGAAUUUCACGGCGGACGGGGAAUCUGUUACAGAUGCAUUUGAGAAGAAUAAGGCCAAUAUUAGGACAACUUUGGACUUCCCUUUAAUACGUCCUGAUAUAGAGAAAGAUCUUGAAGCAGUAGCUCUUCAUCUAGCUGAUCUUAAUCAGGACCCCCAAGAAACGCUUGCAAUCCAUGAGGUCGAGGAGUAUCAAUACCUUCCUGACGUCUAUGACGGAAGUAAUGUGCUUCCAGCUCAAGAAGAAUAUAGGAUUGUACUUCUGAAUGAAGCCUGCUUCAUGGCUGAGAAGCUAAAAAUGAACCAAGACCAAAAAUUCAUAUACGACAUGAUUGAAGGACAUUUAUGCGAUCCUAGCAGAGGUCAACUACAACUUUUCAUUUCUGGAGCUGGUGGAACAGGAAAGUCGUUCCUAAUUUCCUUGAUGACGAACCUCAUCUGUGCGAAGGAAGAUGGACCAGGCCCAGCAGGUGUACUUUUGGCCGCCCCAACUGGAGUGGCAGCUUUAAAUAUAAAUGGACAAACCCUUCAUCGCACUUUCCAACUUGCUGUAGAAUCUGGUUCUGUUCCACGUUACGCUCCUCUUGGCGCAAUAAUGCUGCAGAGAAUGCGAGAUAAAUUUCGGGAUGUUGAGUGGAUCAUCAUGGAUGAAGUAUCAAUGAUAUCUUAUGAGUUAUUCCGUCAAGUAAGCCAACGUUUGGGAGAAUGUUUCGACAACACGCUGCCAUUUGGAGGGAAAAAUGUUAUUGUCGUGGGAGAUCUAUUCCAGUUGGAGCCUGUUAAUGGGCACUGCAUCUAUGAUCAGCCACGACAGUUAGGAGCGGAAGAAAACCUUUGGAAGAAUUUCGCUUUUAAAGAACUUACGGUCAACAUGCGACAGGGUCAAGAUCCACUCUUACAUAUCUGUAACAACCUACGAGAAGGAAACAUCACCACUACUGAUCUCCAUGAGUUGCGGAUGCGAGAGUUUAGUGAAGAUACUUCGAGCACCGCUAUGAAAGAUAAAUUCAAAGAUGCUAUUAGAAUAUUUCCUACAAGAAAUCAGGCAUCUAUUUACAACCGACUCAAGACCAGGACUUUUCGUAGUGACCCUCACAUAAAAGUCUAUACUAUCAAAGCGAGGGAUAGUUUCUUUUCUGGAACCAAAGCUGGAUCCCGUGCUCCGUUGGCAUAUAGCCACAGAGACAGCAAUAAAUGUGGUGGCUUCGUAAGUUCCAUUGACUUAGCAGUUGGAUCAAGAAUUAUGGUAAUCCGGAAUUCGCCGACAAACCGUUAUUUAGUCAAUGGCUCAAUGGGAACGGUCGUCGGGUUCAAGUGGGAAGAACUUGCAAGGGAACAACAUCAUCACGGCGAUCUCCCUUCAAGUGUAUUGGUGAAAUUUGACGAUUGGCGCAUUGCUGGGACUCGGGAAGGUGUCUAUGAGUUAAAACCUACAGAUGUGACAUACACAGGGAAAGCAAAGGAAGAAAUUCAAAGAUGGAUGCUACCUAUUGUCCUUUGCUGGGCAGUGACAGUGCACAAGGUACAGGGAAUCACCGUAGAUAAAGCAGUGAUCUAUUUGGGAGCCGAGAUUUUUGCCCAUGGGCAAGCCUACGUUGCCUUAAGUCGCGUCAGGACACUGGAUGGAGUCGCUAUAUUGGAACAGGACGACAACAAAUUAACUGCGAAACCACCCGACAAACUUAUAGCGGAGAUGGCUCGGCUGCGCGCCUUAUAGAUAUAUAUAGAGUAUCAAAAUAUUGUCAUGAUUUGUAAUAUUAACAAUUUGAAUCUCUUGAAUUAAAG